AAAAAAAAGGAGAAAAAAGAAAAGAUUACAAAAAAGAUGGAGGAAAAGAAAAAAAAAGGAGAAGAAGGAUGGUGAAACGGAGGAAAAAAGAAGGGGGAAAAAGAAAAGGAGGAAAAGAUGCAGGAGAUGCAAUAAACAUAAGAAUUUCACGAGUUUUGACUGUUCAAAGCACUUGAAUUAAGUCGAACGAAAAUGCGCUGGAAGGAUAAGCAACUAGGUUGGCAUUGUGCCUUUGAAUUCAUAAGCCAAAGUUCGACCUAUCUUUUGCCACACCUUGUCCUAAGCCCCAUUACAACCCAUCGAAAGACCCUUUGAUUCAUGCAUUAAUUUGCAUUUCGUUCGUGGUGGAGAUUUGAUUCACAAGCAAGCCUAUGGUAAUGGCAUUCUAUGUAUUGACUUGAGUGAAACCCGAAUUCUUCAACACCUUAUGUUAUGAGUGAUUACAAUGACAUCGUUGUGAGAACCCUUGUGAGAGUGUUGAGACUUGUUUCAUUUGGUUUUGAUGAAGUCAAUGGGAUACCUGCGUGUUGAAUGUUGUGCUACAAGUGCUUGUUCUCAAUAUUGCUAUCUCUUCUUAAACUAUUAAGUCAUAUUAGUGUAGGGGAUAUACUUGAGUGACAUGAAACGAAAUUUGAGAAUUGCUACUGGAUCAAGACAUGCUUGUGUUUGGAUCAAGACAUGCUUGAUGUCAAGAAUGGUUUUUGUGUGUGGAAUCUGAUAAGAUAUAUUUUAGUGCUCCUAUGCAUGCACUUUUUCAAGUGAUUGGGAAGGAUCUUAUUGCAUGGAUUGUCGAUGUUAAGUUACCCCAAUUUCAUGGGAAGGAGCGUAAAGUAAGUUAUAGGCGGCAAAUUCAGCUCUUGUGUUAUUGUGCUUGGUGGAAUUUAGUCUAAAGUUCAGAGAUAGCAUGUCUUAUACUUAAUGUUGUCUAUCAUGUGCCUCUUUAUUUGUGUUACUAAUAAUUAUUUCACUAAUGGGAUCAAGAGAAGUCUUUAGGUAUCACAUACUACUUUACUCUUCUUCUUGUCCAUAUGGGUGUCAAGUUAUCAAUAUUUUUCUCAUCCAAAACGCUGAGGGUGGAGUUAAUCCUAAUUGCUUAAAUUCGCUCUCUGCAGAAAGAGUAAUUGUAAAAAUGUUGAAACUAUUAUGGUCGUCUUUAUCAACGGAGAAAUGUGCUUAUGUCAUAUGUUAAAGAAUGAUAUGUGAAAACCGAUUGUGCUAUUUCUAAGAGUGCAUAUGUGAAAAUCUUUCAAUUGACAGCAUGGAGAGUUCAUGACCUCUGUCGUCUGCAUUGGCUUCUGUAACUCAUAAACUGAACCUUGAAAAUUGAUUCAAAUCACCUUCAUGGCCGAGAGGUCGUUAGGUGCGCUGAGCAUGGACACGCCCAGUUAUUUUUAUGGUUAAAUGAAAAGCUUUCAGUUUGCCAUCAAUGCCUUUUGUAAGUACCAAUGUUUUUUGUUUUCGAUUUCAGUGUCUUCUUAUAAAGAUUGAAGAUUUAAAAUGUUGGAUACUUUUGAGUAUAGGUUGGAAAUUCACGAGAUUCCAUUCAAGUCGCCGCCGCUUGACUUUGGAAAGCUAUCAAUAUCUGAUGCUUCUCUGAUAAUAGUGCACGAACUGAAGAUCACGAAGAUUCUUGUACGACAUGCGGAGGCAGUUAAUAGCAGACUUUUCGUGCCUAAUCCAUCUCAUGAUUUGAAAUCUAAAGAGAAAAAUGAAGAGGGAAGACGCAACAUUAAGACUGUGAAAAUGAAAGAUUGACAAAAAACACUGAAUUAAUGGCAAAAGACGGCAGAGCCAAUUCGGGUUCAGGGUCGAGACCAAUGUCCUCAUGCGGUCGUCUUUGGUUAAUGGUGGAACUGCGUGUGGCCUGGUGAGACGACAAGUGGGUUUUGCCCAUCAGCUUCUCACAGAGGCCACCUCAAGUAAGGCAAGUGGGUUUUGCCCAUCAGCUUCUUGCCCAUCUUCGAAAGCCUAUCAGCAGCCAGUGUCUUAGCUACUGCUUCUGACUCCUACAGUGGCUUCUUCGAAGCAGGCGCUGCAAGAGAAUGAAGCGAAGGAUCCCAACCCGGGACAAACUGUUUGAGCACCGUUAUUGAGAAAUCAAGCGAAUAUAUGUGGUACGUUUCGCUGGAUUACUGAGUUUAAGGGUAGCUUAUUGAUUCAGUUUGAAUUUUAAAACUUAUUGAUAGUUUUGUACGUGAAUGUGCAGUUUUGGAAGAAGUAUAGUAGGUACAUCUUAAUGAUGAAGUUGUGCUAGCAAAUUUAAUAUUUUAUCGAUUAGUAAAAGAAUCCAUGAUUGUCAAUUCGCGAAAUUUGUAGGGUCAUGGAACUAGUGACGAGGAAGAUGUUCCUCUGGAUUAUGCAAUUAGCUCUUAAUUUGAAGCUUGUGUUGCCUUACAUUAACCA